AUGCCGCCCCGAGGCCGAAAGAGAAAGUCGGACCAGUCCAUCGCGUCCGAGACGCAACACACACCCGACCUUGUCGGCCAGAAAAUCGCUACGAAAACGGACAGUCCGGCAGUGAGCCCGAGCAAACGACGCAGGACUGGAAUCACCGUUUCCCAGAAGCAGGCGCUCAUUGACAACCUGCAGCUAGAAGUCACCGAACGUGCCCGAAAACUGCGGGCCCAAUAUAAUCUCCAGGCCCAGGGACUGCGAACUCGCAUCGAAAUCCGCGUCAAUCGCAUUCCCAUGGCCCUCCGCAAGCUCAAGGUGGGCGACCUCCUUCUGAAGCACUCGGCUGGGCAGUCUAAGCCGCUGGCGCCCAAGCAGCUGGUCGCCUCCAUGGCAGACCGCGUGCCGCCAUCUGCGCUAGAGAAGGACUACCACGCAGCACGGCCUGCCAACCGGGUGCAGCCGUCGCCCUGGACAGCGUAUGCUGCACCAGGCCGGCCUCCGAAGAGGCUCAGCGACAAUCUGGUUAGUGGCGACAAGGAGAACCGGAAUGCCCAUUUUGACGGCGCCAAAAAGUGGCCACGAACCAACCAUCACCAGCAGGGCGCUGCAGCAGGAGCACCGCCCCAGGUGCUGUCGCCAGCCUCGUCCAAUUCCCGGAUCAAUCCGCGCGAUCGUGAACUCGGAGCAGUUGCCCCGUCGUCGCCCAUCAAGUCGUAUAUUGCCCGGCCUGUCUCUCCAGAGAAGCAGGCCGCAGCCACGACUCUGCUGAGCUCCAUGGUAGAGAAGGCACGCUCGAACCGGGUCGCAUCCGACUCACGCAAACCUGCCGCAGCAUCGUCAUCGGUGAACAGCACAACGUCCGCGCGGAUUGUUCGCAGAGCUAGUGGCACCAGCGAGUCCAGCGACGCCAGCACAUCGACCGUAGUGCGCAAGGCGGGCAAAGGUCGGGCUGUAGGGACCACAGCAGCGGCUACGGUGAGGAAGGUCCCAAGCACAACAUCAGUAGCCACGGCAGCACUGUCGACCAAGAAAUCAGUCAUGGGCUCCAUCCGGAAAGGCGUUGCCAGCGCAGCGUCCAAGAGGGGCGCGGCCAGCAAGGCUGCAGCAGCAGCAGCAACAACGACGCGGUCAGGGAGGAUCUUGCGAAAGCGAGACUGA